CAGGAACAUUGAAACCCGUUUUGUGCUAAGAAGCUUGAGCAAGAAGGUAUUGCAAGAGAAAGUCUUCUUAGAGAUUAAAUAAAAAGCCCUAGAAAAAUUGGCUCAUCAUCCAUGAGUCCAGACAACAAGCUCCUUCCGAAGCGGAUCAUCCUCGUACGUCACGGCGAAUCCGAAGGCAACCUCGACACGGCGGCGUACACGACGACACCGGAUCCCAAGAUCCAGUUAACCGAAUCCGGUUUGCUUCAGGCGCAAGAAGCCGGAGCUCGUCUCCACUCGCUGAUCUCAUCAUCGAACCCUUCUUCGCCGGAGUGGCGCGUGUACUUCUACGUUUCGCCGUACGAUCGGACACGAUCUACGCUCCGGGAGAUCGGACGGUCGUUCUCGCGUCGCCGCGUGAUCGGCGUUCGCGAAGAAUGUCGGAUCAGGGAACAGGACUUUGGGAAUUUUCAGGUCGAAGAGAGAAUGAGAGAGACCAAAGUGGACAGAGAGAGGUUUGGUCGGUUCUUCUACCGGUUCCCGGAAGGUGAAUCCGCCGCCGAUGUCUUUGAUCGUGUCUCCAGUUUUCUUGAGUCUCUAUGGAGAGACAUAGACAUGAACAGACUUCACAUCAACCCGUCACACGAGCUAAACUUUGUGAUUGUCUCGCACGGUUUAACAUCACGUGUCUUUUUGAUGAAAUGGUUCAAGUGGACCGUGGAACAGUUCGAGGCGCUGAACAACCCCGGGAACAGCGAGAUCAGAGUUAUGGAGCUAGGACAAGGCGGCGACUACAGCUUGGCGAUUCAUCACACUGAGGAAGAGUUGGAGAAAUGGGGCUUGUCACCAGAGAUGAUCGCUGAUCAGAAGUGGCGUGUUAACGCGCAUAAAGGCGAGUGGAAAGAAGAUUGUAAGUGGUAUUUUGGUGAUUUCUUUCAUGAUCUGGCUGAUUCUGAUAAAGAAUGCGAGACCGAGGCAGCCGUUGAAGAACGAGAAGUACAUGAGGAGGUGGAAAACAAUAUGUUAACGAACUCAGAAGAUAACAAUGAGGAUGAGUUAUGCAAUGGACAAUGCAGCUGAUAAGUUUACAGAACAGAAGAAUUCAGAUUUGAUUUUUUGAAAAUUGUACCACUUACUGAUGAAGUUCUAUAGCUUUUGGUUUGUGGGAAAGUGUUGUACAAAACCUGUGUGUGGUCUCUAUAGAUACACAGAAACAUUACAUGAACUUUGAAGAAUAUCCUUUUAUUA